AUGUUGCAAGUGGAUCCCGAAAAUUGCCAGCAUUGUGGAAUGCUCAAACUAUAUCUAUCUUCAUUAACCUUUGUAUCAAGGAGGUGGAUCUAUGCAAUCGUUCCAGUAUUCACUUUCAUAAAGUUGGAUGGACAAGAAAGGAAAUUAUGGAAAGAUUUAAAAGGAAAGGAAACGGGUCUUGGGUGGAAUGUCGCUAAGAAUACUGUUGUUGCAUCUGAGGAAUGGUGGCAAAAUAAAAUUAAGGCAGAAUCCAAAUAUGCAAUAUUCCAAUUUAAGGGUAUUAGUCCUGAGAUGGAGGAGAAGUUAGAUAUGAUGUUUUGA